GCGUGCUAUCACGUGGAUUAUUCGUGUCACCCUUCCCUGCUCCCCAGAAAGGCCGUAACGACGCGUUUUGUCUCUCUCUCGCCUGCCCCGAAAACCGACGGCCCGUGAUACCAAAGCUGCUCAAAAGUCGGUCGUCGGCCGUGCGCGCCGUCUGGACGGAAAGCAUGGCGUGCGACCAAUGCCGGAAGCGAAAGGUGAAAUGUACAGACGCGCACAGGGAAGGACCAGGACCUUCCUUUCCUCGACGCAAGCGACGGUCCCCGGACCUGUCUUCAGACGAGUCGACCGAUGAGCCGCGUCGUCAGCGACGCCAGAGGACCGCCACGAACAACGGCGAGGAGGACGGCGAGGACUCCCCCAUCUACGAGAACGACGACCCUUCUUCGGCAGACGUCCCCCAACCAGACCUCGUUCAUUCGACCCGCGAUCCGGCCCCAGACCUGUAAACCGAUCUCACCGCCGAGGGCAACCUACCUCCUGAAGCUCCCACGUCCAACGUUAGAUUUUCCCGACGGAUCGGAUAUCCACGAGAGCUCAGAGAAGACGUCGAGGAUCUUGUGGCAGCAUGCUUAUCUCCUUGGGAAAUGGCCCGACGCCGCCUCCAAAUGCAAGCUGACGAUCUCAAGCAAGAGGUACGGCAAAAGGAAGCAGAGGCUGCGAGAAACCGACAGGUCAUGGAAGAAGCCGAACGGAAACAUCGGGAGGAAGUACGCGGACUUCAGGCACAAAUCGAUCAUCUGGAACAAGUUGAACGAGAACACCAAGAGACACUACGCAGACUUCAGGCACGCCUUCACCAUGAACAAGAAGUGGCAGAGAGAAACGAACAGCUCAUAGCCCAGGUCGUCCAGAUCAUAGAAGGCUUUGCACGACUUCAAGCAGACGUUCUCGAUCUAGAUCGAUACAAUGGACGUGAUGAUGGCUGAUAGAUUGCAACAACCACAGGUGGCUGUGCAGGCGUCAUAGACUCGCCUCCAAACGGGACAUUUGAGAGACCCGCUAUGAUGACCCGGCUGGCAACCCAGCGCGGACUUUUUCAGUACUGAUGAGGCGAUCCGCCUGGGCGUGCUAGUCUCUGUGGACAGCGAGAAGGCCUCCGCGAUAUCCACGGCAGAAUCGCAACGACAACACAAGACCAGGAAGUCUUGUCCAUGUUUCCUCCACUACAAGACAAACCAUUCCCACCACGAGAGCCACGGGGGUCCCAGUCUCGAAUGUACCGGCAGAUCCUCUCACCGGAGCUGAUAGCACAACAAGACCGCAGUAUUGCUUUCGUGGGAUUCGUCACGACCGGAUGAUCCAGACAAGCAUGUGCUGCGAGCUGAUGACGCUUCGGGCAGUGGCCUGGAUGGAGGACCUUGUUAAACGAUGCUAUCCCGGACCUGCCUUCGAUGCAAGAGAGCGUCUCCACCGUCAACGCGUGGUCGCGGAACCGGUACGGCCUCCGAGAAACGAGGCAACACGAACUUAUCUUCGAGUCAACAAAGUUUCUUCGACGUCUUGUGCCGGGAUCUUGGGAUCGAGAAGUGGAGGAACCGCAAAGGCGCCAAAUGGUGGCAGAAGCCGCAGCGCUUGGCCGAAGAGUGGCUAGUACCUUAUCGCGCAAAAGACUACAAAGGGUUGGUGAAUGAGUUUCUGGAGAACAAAGGGUUGAUCACCAGACCGGUGCAGUUGCCGGAGGUGGGACCGAAGGCUGUAUAUGCUUUGGUUGCCGAAGUAUACUGUAAGAGGCUGGGUCGCCGUCAGGUUUGUCGGUAUGUUUGUAGCCAUGUUCACGUCACUGGAUCUUGUGCAGCACAAAGAUAGAAACAAGAGGUCUCGGGAGCAGAAAGACAAGUGUUAACCCAAUGGAGUGCAACAAGCGCAUUCUGGGGGUCAUGUCAUGCUUCAACGCAUUUUAUUUCA